CCGAUCCUCCUGCGCUGCGAUUGCUCCGUCACACAGCGCAGAUCACAGAGGAAAUAGCCGAGGGACUUUCACAGUCUGGCUGAGAAAAGGGAACGGCCGUUAGGAAACAGACAAUACCGGAAUCUUUACCCCUCUGACGCGGAUUCCUUUGCCCCGAUGGGGUUUGUAAACAUCUGAUGUAACAAAAAACAAACAAGGAAAGGAGAGAGAAAAUCUGACAGGGUCCGGGAUGGAAAUCAGGCGCCGAGAGCCGGGCCAGGCAGUCACACGGCAAGUACUGUUGUUUCCCUUCUUCUUGUCUUUGUUCUGCCGGGCGGUCUCGGAGCACUUUGGUUAUUCCCUACCUGAGGAAAUGGCCAAAGGUUCCCUUGUGGGGAAUCUCGCCAAGGAUUUGGGAUUAAAUACCAGAGAAUUGCAGCAGCGGAAGCUCCGUGUCAGUUCGGAAAAGCAAUAUUUCAGUGUGAAUGGGGAAAAUGGCAACCUGUAUGUGAAUGGCAGGAUAGACCGGGAGGAGAUAUGCGGGGAGACUCCCCUUUGUGUCCUGACACUCGAAACGGUGGUGGAAAAUCCUUUGAAUGUUUUCCAUGUGAAUGUAGCAAUCCAGGACAUUAAUGAUAACGCCCCGCGAUUCAUCAAGAGUAACAUUGAACUAGAAAUCAAUGAGUUAGCACUGCCAGGUACGCGAUUUCAACUGGAAUCUGCUCAAGAUCCAGAUACGGGAAUCAACUCAGUGCAGAGUUACCAAAUCAGCAAGAACCCGCAUUUUACCCUGGCUGUAAAGGAGAGCCCGGAUGGAAAUAAAUACCCAGAAUUAGUGCUGGAAAAAUCUUUGGAUCGCGAAAAGCAAAAUUCUCAUCACUUGAUCCUGACGGCCGUGGAUGGGGGGGAUCCAGUCAGAUCCGGCACUGCUCAGAUUAGGGUUAAUGUCACUGACGCCAAUGAUAAUCCUCCCGAAUUUACUCAGGAGAUCUACAAAGUCAGUGUGAGGGAAAACCUACCACGGGGUUCCUUAGUGCUUCAGGUGAAAGCCGCUGAUAAGGAUGAAGGGUUAAAUGCCCAAAUCACAUACUCAUUCAGCAAUACUCCGGAAAAUGCUCGUAAAGUAUUUCAUUUAGAUCCCGAGAACGGCAGAAUUACAAAUACAGGGAAUUUGGAUUUUGAAGACACACAUAAAUACGUGUUGGGCGUAGAAGCCAGGGACGGGGGUGGCCAGUCCACUCACUCGAAAGUUCAAAUAACAAUACUGGAUGAAAACGACAAUGCCCCGGAAGUAACGUUUACUUCUGUGUCCAACCCGGUAGCUGAAGACUCAGUACCCGGGACGGUGAUAGCUCUGAUCAAAGUUCGUGACCAAGAUACGGGAGAAAACGGAGAAGUCACGUGUCACAUUCAACACAAGUUGCCUUUUAAAAUAGCGGUUUCGUCAAACAGUUACUACAAGCUCCUCACAGACAGCCCCCUGGACAGGGAAAGGACCCCGGAGUACAAUAUCACAAUCACCGCCACAGACAAAGGCUCUCCCCCUCUCUCCACCCGGAAAACCAUCCUGUUGCAGAUCUCGGAUAUCAAUGACAACGCCCCUGUCUUUCAAAAACCUUCCUACACUGCCUGUGUGUCAGAGAACAAUCCCUCCGGGGCCUCUAUUUUCAGUGUAGAAGCCUCAGACCGGGAUCUGGACCGGAACGCCCGAGUCACUUACUCCAUCCUGAGCAGCAGCCUCCAGGAGGUGCCUCUCUCCUCCUACAUCUCCAUUAACUCCCAGACCGGAGCUAUCUAUGCGCAGCGCUCCUUCGACUACGAGCAAUUCCGGGAGUUUGAAAUGCAAGUGAAGGCCCAAGAUGGUGGGUCCCCGCCUCUCAGCAGCAAUGUCACCGUCAGAGUGUUUAUUGUGGAUCAGAAUGAUAACCCCCCUCGCAUCCUGUACCCUUCCCUGGGAGCCGAUGGCUCCACCUUGUUUGAGAUGGUCCCUCGUUCUGCCGAGGCAGGUUAUCUGGUGAUGAAGGUGGUGGCGGUGGAUGCUGACUCGGGACACAAUGCCUGGCUCUCCUACCAUCUGCUCCAGGCCACGGAACCGACGCUGUUCAGCAUGGGGCUGCACACCGGGGAGAUCCAGACAGCCCGCGCCUUUGCGGACAGAGAUGCUGUGAAGCACAGGCUGGUCACCCUGGUGAAGGAUAACGGGCAGCCGCCUCUGUCAGCCACAGUGACUCUCAACCUGGUGUUUGCCGAGAACUUCCAAGAGGCUAUUCCGGAAAUGAGCAACCAAUCUGAUGUUCCAGCCAACCCUAACAACCCUUCUCCACCGCGCCACUUUGUGAUCGCUGUGGCUUCGGUUUCCUGCUUGUUCUUUACCUUUAUCAUAGUGUUAGUGGCUCUAAGGCUCCACAGGUGGAGAAACUCGCAGCUGUUUGACUCCUCGAGUGUGACUUUCAGUGGAGUUCCCGUCUCGCAGUUUGUGGGGCUCGAUGGAGUCAGAGCUUUUCUUCACUCCUACUCACAUGACGUUUCUCUAACCACGGACUCCAGAAAGAGCCAGUUCAACUCCCCAAAUUAUGCAAAUACUCUGACUAGUCAGCACUCUUGUGAGAUUAAGUAUCCUAUCCUACUUACUGAAGAGUUAGACAAUAACAGGGAUCAGUCGUCCAUUCGGGUCAGCUAA